CAAAGAACCUACUUAUUCGUCACUAUGUCGACCAAGCAGUCAGACAGUUUCACUCAAAACAGAUUUUUCUGGACCGUCUUUGGCCUAUGGCCCGGGAAAAUACCUAACAAAUAUUACAAAUACUUCUCUCUUACCUAUCUAAUCAUUACCUUCGUCACUUACAAUGCCCUUUUGACGAUAAACCUCUAUUACACGCCGCCCAGAAUCGACUUACUUAUUCGAGAAAUCGUUUUUUUCUUCAACGAAAUAGCAGUCGCAUUCAAAGUGUCUAUGGUGAUUUUUAAACGGAAGAAAAUCGCAGCCAUAUUUGAUAUGCUCGAUUGCGACGAAUUUCAAGGAAACGAUGAUAUUGGCAGAGAGAUUGUUAGAAAGCACAACGAUUAUUACAAAAAAUACUUGACGAGUUUUACUCUUCUGUGCAACAUAACAUAUUUUUUUCUAGUGUUUUCUCCUGUAUUUACAUUUGUAAUUUAUGAAAACACUUUGGAACUGCCUGUGUGCAAGUAUUAUUUUCUUUCUGAUGAAACAAGAAAUGACUAUAUUUAUUUGAUUUUUGUAUACCAAUCAUUUGGUAUGUACAGUCAUAUGAUGUACAACGUAAAUAUUGAUACUUUUAUCGCUGGUUACAUUAUAUUGGCAAUAGCACAAAUUAAGGUGCUUCAACAUGAUUUGGAAAAUUUGAAAGUAGAUAAGUCUGACGAUGGCAGCGGUAAAUUGCUGGAUCUAAAACAGCAGCAGAAAUUGCGUAAAAUUAUUCAUCACUACGGAUUUAUUUUAGAGUACUGCAAGGAGUUUCAGGACGUGAUCAGUGGGCCUAUGUUCGUUCAGUACGGGAUCGGGUCCUCCAUAAUUUGCGUCUCAAUAUGCCGAUUUCUUCUGCCAGCAACAUUGGAGACCUACACGUUCACGGUGACUUACUUCCUGUCCCUCCACAUGGAGAUACUCGCCCCGGCUUGGCUAGGCACUCAGCUUAAAUACGAGAGUCACGAGUUAAUGACAGCAGCGUACAAGAGCGAAUGGUUGCCGCGCUCGGAGCGCUACAAGAGAUCUCUCAAGCUCUUCGUGGAGCGAGUGAAGAAUCCCAUCAUAAUUACUGGACUGAAGAUGUUCCCGCUGUCACUGCCCACUUACAUAUCGAUAAUGAAAACUGCUUAUUCCUGCUUCACAUUGAUUCGAAUUCUCCAGAACCGACAAGAAUUGGAGGCAAGAACAUAAAAUAUAUGUUAUGUAAUUGAAUUGUGACGUUUUCAACCAAAAGUUAC